UCGGUGCAGGAGAUCUUCAGAAAGACAGGUGUAUCGGAAGAGAGACCAUCAAGAUUCUGCGACGGCACAUCCCACCAUCGGACCUGCUACUCAGCUGUGGACAUCAUGCAUGCAAGAUUGUUCCAGAUACUACUUCUAAUAUCUGCCGUGGCGCCAUGGACGGUUGUCGCCCGGAGUCCUACAGACGAAGAACUACAGAGGGUGAUCACGUUGGCCAAGGCAAACCUGGAACAAAGAACGAAAGCCUUAUUCGGAGGUGACACUCUCCGUACGGAGUCCAGGACGCAACACAAACUGAGAGUUGUCCACAAUUCCACACCCAUGUCCGUGGAGCUCAGUCAGUGUGCUUGGGUCCUCGAGGAUGUGGCAGAGCAAUUCAUGAGCAGCCAAUACAAUAUGAGUUUUGAGGCACUAACCAAGGUCGCCUCGACAAACUUGACGAGUAUAUGUGACGUCACAUCGAUGAAGCCAAUCACCUGCGACCCGCCAGGUAUUCCCGAGUUCCGCUCCGCAGACGGCCGUUGUAACAACAGGGUUCACCCCCUCUGGGGAAGUGCAGAACAGCCCCAGAAGAGACUGCUUCCGUCAGAGUAUAGCGAUGGGUUCAAGAUACCCCGUACGACUGCCCAGAACGGCGCCCCCCUCCCCAGCGCGAGGCUUGUCAGUUCCACUCUGCACGAGGACUUCAGGAAAACCAGCUCUGUCAACACGUACAUGGUCAUGCAGUUCGGCCAGUUCCUGGACCACGACAUCACGCUGACUCCAAACUUCCAAGAGGAAGGUCUGGUGUGUGAAUGUGACUCCCAGGACGACCGUUGCUUCAACAUUCCCAUUUCCACCGAUGACGAGGACUUCAGCAGUGCGUCGUGUAUACCGUUCGCCCGCUCGCGAUCCAGUCCGAACGAAGGGUGCCGUAUGGGUCCGCGGCAACAGGUCAACCAGAUCACCGCCUUCGUAGACGCCUCCAAUGUCUACGGCUCUUCUGAAGAAGAGAUGGAAGCGCUUAGAGAUAUGGAGAAGCCUGAAGAAAUGCGCGGCCCUAACCUUGCCCUGGGGCGCCCCACGCAGCAGUCCAGUCUAGGGUUCGGCGGCGUCCCGGAACGCGCUGUGGACGGCGACACGAACGGCGUGUACAGCUCCAGGUCCUGCACCCACACAAUAAAGGACAUCAACAACUGGUGGUACGUCGAUCUGGGAAGCUCACACUACAUCGACGAGGUCGUCAUCUUCAAUCGCCAGGACUGCUGCUCGGAACGGCUGAACUCCUUCCGGCUUCACGUGGGGGACUCGACUGUCGUGGCGUCCAACCCGUCGUGCGGCGGGGACCACGUGGUGACCAGGGGGCAGGAAACUGUCACCGUGGACUGCGGCGGUCGUCAGGGCCGCUAUGUUGGAGUCUUCCUGCCGACCCUAGAGCCCCUCACACUGUGUGAAGUACAGGUGUAUGAAGCCCAGGGGAUGUGUCCUCCAGGCUACACCAGACACAGGCGAAGCUGUUUCAAGGCUACCCAAACGGCAAAGGACUUUGACUCGGCGGCGGCCAGCUGUGCGGAAGAUGGCGGGAUCCUCGCCACGCCCAAAGACAACGACACCAACACGUUUCUGGUGGACCUGAAGAACCAGGUGUCCACAGAAGUCCCGUUCUGGCUCGGCCUGAGCGACAGACACGUGGAGGGAGAAUGGCGGUGGGAAGACGGGACAAUCCUUCAAGAUGGUGACUUCACGAACUGGCUGCCGGGAGAGCCUGAGAUAUCCGGGAGGGAGGACUGCGUGAACUUCCUGGCAGGGACGGGCGCCGAGUGGAACGACGUGCCCUGCCGGAGACGCCGGGGAUACAUCUGCCAAGCCGGCAUGAUUUCACAGUCUCCCCGUGGUCUACUCAAGUCCCGGCCUAACCCUACAGACUCUGAGAAGAAGGAGCUGUUACCAGGCGCCAUAGCGGAGGAGUUUGAGAUGGGGUGUCCUGAGCACGAGUCUCCGGGGGAGGAGACCUGUUCUCAGGCGGGGGAUGUCCGCGUGAACGAACAGCCUGGUCUGACGUCCAUGCACACCGUCUUCCUCCGGGAACACAACCGGAUAGCCAGGCAACUCUCCGUCCUCAACCCGCUCUGGAACAACGACCGCGUCUUCUUAGAAACCAGAAAGAUCGUCGACCAACUUGCAGAGAUAAAGAGCACGACGUUGGCCCGAAUUCUGUGCGACAACACGGACGACACCACACACAUGCAGCCCGACGUCUUCACACUCCCCCGCCCUGGGAACGAGAGGGUGGCAUGCUCGGAUCUGCACCAGAUAGAUCUGACCAAGUGGCAGGUGUGA